GUAGAAUGUAAUGGAAUAUGUUUGAACCCAUGGAAUCAUUUUAGUUAGAUAGAUCAGAUAGUUUGAUGGUAUAGGAAUCAACUGGGAUAUUGAUGAUUUAGGGAGUUAAAAACGGUCGAUUUCAUCUGUUUUAGAUAUGGAAAAGGGCAUAUUUUAGAGAUGAUCUUAUCUUAUCACCUGCUAUAUACAUGUGGGAUUGCAACCAGUUUUUCUUUCUUUUUUACUUUCAUUGUCUCUCAUAAGUCAUAUUCAACAUGGACUUGAAGAAAACCACUCUUAGGGAUUGCCAUUGGUUGUGUGGGGAAGAAGAGAACCUGGGUCAGAUAAUAUAAGAACAUAAUUGUGCCUGUGAAUUUGCAUUAUCCAUUAAAGAACACGUGGCACAACAAGAUAUAUCCAAUUAGGAUCAUAUGUGGACCACACUUGGCACUUAUCUUCCUAUGUUCUCACAGGAAGGCAUGGAUGAUAUUAUUAUUUUUUGUAUGCAGAGACUAGAAAGUGAAUGAGGAAAUUUCCAAAAGGAAAUUCCCAAAUAAGAUCUUUCUUAAACUAAUUGGAAGGAGGCGGCUUCUCUUUCUUUUUUCUAUUCUAUUCUUCUUUUUCCCUACUAGUGAUGAUGGCACAUGGGUGACAAAGCAACAGCCAUUCCCUUCUUCUUAUAAAUUGGAGUGGUGGAAAAGGAGAGUAAUUUUGUUUGGUAAGAAGGAAAGAUUGAGAGAAAAUGGAGGGAAAGUCUAAAGGGUAUCAAACCUCCUCUUUCGUUGCUGAUCUUUUCGAUGUCAAGGAGGCGCCAUUGUCUUCCGCAUCAGGUGCCUUUGCAACAAUCUUUCCAUCUCCACAGAAGGGAGCAGGUAGGAAUUCUUCUAGCUCUGUGGAUUGGCUAAAACAGACCAAUGGAAAUCAACCACAUCACACCAGACAAGGGAAUUCAGGAGGGAGCUUGGAGCCUUGUCAUCUGAGUUCAUCUCUAUACUAUGGAGGACAAGAUGGUUAUUCUCAGGCCCCAUCAGCUGGACCAUCCCCACUUCCACCCCCACCCCACACUAUGAAGAAAAGUGGGGGUCAACAAGAUGAUCCAAACGGAAACAACUCUCAACCUGCUUCUAGGGGAAAUUGGUGGCAAGGUUCUCUUUAUUAUUAGAACGUCUACCUUGCCUUGGUGGCACAUGAAUUCCCACCUAUUUUCUAAGGAAUUCAUAAAAGCAGCAGAGCACAGAUAAAGCUUUGAAGUUGGAUUUUUGUUUUACAUUACAUAUGGUGUAUACUAUUUCAAAUUUCUUGUUUGGUUUUUACUUACAUUUGAAAAAGGUGUGUAGUCUUCUGUAUUUUCUUUUCUCUGAUUUCUCUGCUAUUAAAAAAGAAAAAGAAAAGCUUUGCUGUUUCUUA